UGGACAUCCGCAGAAAAGUCCUUUCCGCUUCUAUUCAAGAAUGCAAUUUCUAGACGAGGCUGCGCAGGAAAUGCCUACAACGAGCUCUCUACCACGGAACAUAUGUCAUGAUGAAGAUAGUGCAUCGAGUCUAAACGAUUUGGAAUUUCAGCAAUGUAAUUUCAGCAAUGUAUCUUCUCCAACAGAUUGUAGCAUGUCAGACAUUGAAACAGCAAGUAGUUCGGCUCAUUGCAGACUAACAAAAAAACGAAAAGAAAAGCAGUAUGAUCUCGAUUCGCAGUCACUGCAUAAUAACAUGUUGCAAUUACUUACCGAAAAUACGCCAAAAAAGGAUGCAGUGGACAAUUUUCUGGAGCAGAUAGGAGAUGUGCUGCGUAGGUUGAACUAUCUUCGAAGAAGGCAAACACAAAUGGAGUUGUUGCAUCUCAUUCACAGGGCAGAAGACGAAGAAUUGACGGAGAGGGAAAUUACAAAACGAUAAAUUUGUUAUAUUAUUAU